GGUACCAAUAUCAUGGAAGACGCCUGGUAACUCAUGUUAUGGGAAGGAAGAAGUCAAAAUGGUGUACGAUUUUGACGUGAAGACCUUUUGCCAGAACUUGAAGGCAACCAAGCCUCCUUAUGAAUGUCCUGUUAAAUCUUGUGGAAAGGUGUACAAGAGUUAUUGUGGUAUACAGUUUCACAUGUACAAUUAUGAUCAUGAUAAUCCAGAAAAUAAUGCUUCUCCAGCAAAGAAACCUCCCAGCAAGAAAAAACAAAAAUGGCAUCAUAGACAAAACAGACGCUCUCCAACUCCACCAGAAUUCACUCAAACAUUAAGAAGAGAAACUUUAACUUAUGCUGAGGCUCAAAGGCUUGUGGAAGUUGACUUGGAAGGAAGAAUUCAUAGAAUUAAUAUAUAUGAACCAUUAGAAAUAAUUUCUCAAGAUGAAAUUGACAAUCACCACAAUACAGAAAAAGAGGAAAAGGCAGAGAAAAGUCCUGUGAAACAUGUGAAAUCAAGUGAUGGUUCAAAAACAAGAAAAGAACCCAAUGCUCCUAGUCAUACUAAUUCAACUUCUAAGUUACCUGAAGCCCAGUAUAAGGUUAUUGAAGAUUUCAUAAAGCCUUCCCACAUUCAACCAAGACCAAAUUCUUACUACAGAUAUAUAGAAAAGUCGGUAGAAGAAUUAGACAAUGAAGUUGAAUAUGACAUGGAUGAAGAAGAUCAUUCUUGGCUCACAUUGGUCAAUGAAAAAAGGAAAAAUGAAGGUAUAGGUUCAGUUAAACAGGAGGAUUUUGAAAUGCUUAUGGACAGGUUUGAAAAAGAAGCAUUUUUCCAAAGUCAGACAUCGGGAAAGGAUCUUGGUCCUCCUAUUGAUGAAGAUGCUGUGUGUACUAUUUGUAUGGAUGGUGAAUGCCAAAACAGUAAUGUUAUUUUAUUUUGUGAUAUGUGCAAUCUGGCAGUCCAUCAGGAGUGUUAUGGUGUUCCGUACAUUCCAGAAGGACAGUGGUUAUGUAGACGUUGCCUUCAAUCACCCUCAAGGGCAGUGGAUUGUUGUCUCUGUCCAAAUAAAGGUGGUGCUUUCAAACAGACUGAUGAUGGAAGGUGGGCUCAUGUAGUGUGUGCCCUUUGGAUUCCAGAAGUAGGUUUUGCAAAUACUGUUUUCCUUGAACCUGUAGACAGCAUGGACCAUAUACCUCCAGCACGAUGGAAACUUUCUUGUUACAUAUGCAAACAGCGUGGUACGGGUGCCUGCAUACAGUGUCAUAAAACAAACUGCUAUACAGCCUUUCAUGUUACAUGUGCACAACAGGCAGGGUUGUACAUGAAAAUUGAACCAGUGAAAGAACCUAGUGCUAGUGGAAGUCCAACAUUGACAGUAAGGAAAACUGCCUACUGUGAUGUGCACACUCCAGCUGAUUCAGACUGUAUGCCCAUGAUUGCAGACAGUUCUGAAGAGGACAAGUCAGCCUCGGCAAAGAAGGCAAAGGAAAAAUCCCGUAUUAAAAUGAGGAAAGCAAGAAAAAUUUUAGCUGAGAAACGAAAUGCAAUGCCUGUUGUAUCAAUUCCAAUUAUACCUCAGCAAAGGUCAAAGGUCAAGAUCCACACAGUAAUAUCCAAACCCAUGUUGACCAAAAUAGGUCAGUUAUUUGUCUUCCCUAAGAAGCAGUUGUUUUUGUCUCGAUUAUUGAGCUAUUGGACUUUGAAAAGACAGUCACGGAAUGGAGUACCCCUUCUACGUAGGCUGCAGUCCAAUCAUAUGACCAGGAACAAAGAGCAGUUCAAUUUCAAGGUGAAAAAUGACAAGCAGAGCAAUGCACUGAAGGAGCAGCUGAAGUACUGGCAGCGACUGAGACAAGACCUGGAGAAGGCUCGUUUGCUGGUGGAGCUUAUCAGAAAGAGGGAGAAACUUAAGCGGGAACAGGUCAAAGUUCACCAGCUGGCUCUGGAGCUACAGCUGCAACCUUUUGCAGUCCUUCUUCGACACACGCUGGACCAGCUGCAGGACCGAGAUACUGCCAGUAUAUUUGCAGAACCUGUGUCUUUGGAAGAGGUGCCAGACUACUUGGAGUACAUCCAAACACCAAUGGAUUUCUUGACAAUGAGGAAGAAAGUUGAAAGUCAUAAGUACAAAACAAUGGAUGAGUUCGAGCAUGAUUUUGAAAACAUCAUCAAUAACUGCCUCAUGUAUAAUGCCAAAGAUACGAUGUUCUACAGGUCGGCCACUCGAUUGAGAGAUCAGGGUGGAAUGGUGAUUCGAGCAUCCAGAAGAAUGGCUGAGAGAGUUGGUUAUGACCCUGACACAGGUCUACAUCUUGAGAAACCUCCCCAGGAGAAGGAACCAGUCAUUUUGGAGGACUUUGACAGUUUCCAAGAGAAGAGAGACAGCUUUCCUCUGGAUGAACAGUUACGCAUCCUUUUAGACAAAAUGGACAUGGCUAACAACACAAAAGGACAAUCCAGUCUGGCAAAAAGAAUAAAGAAAGAUAUUGUCAAAGUAAGAAAGAAACUUGCUAUUCAAAAGGAAGGUUUACAGGCGAGUGAUCUGGAUGACAGCAUUGGCACAUUAUCUGAACAAAAUGAUGACUCGAUGGCUGAAGACACAAAAGAAGAGACACCCGUCCGUAGUACAAAAUCCCCUUCUAUCGACAAGUCAGUGGGUAAAACCUUGUCUAAAGACACACCUUCUGGUAGAGGGCGUGGUCGGGGGAGAGGUAGAGGGCGUGGCAGACUCACAAGCCGCAGCAAGAGUGAGUCCGAGUCUGAAUCGGUGGUGCUGCCCAAACACUUAGGAAAGGAAUUAGACAAGAGACGUUCAUCUGACAGCUCUCGUACCACAGAAUCAUCAGUUUCAUCAAAAAAUGAGGAUAGCAAUUCAUCCCAACCAACAACCAGUGGGGUGAAUAGAAGAACAGCUGUGUUAUUUAGUAAGAAGGUGUUCCGGAGCAAGCAGGAUGUAUCCAACCCCAGUAGUCCCUGUACGCCGCCCAAGAAGCAGGGAAAAGCUGGCAGACCCCCUAGACAGAAAGUCAUUGAACAAUCAGACUCACCGCAGCCUCCCGUUCUUGAACCCAUGAGUCCAUCUACAAGAAGCCGAGGUCCCAGCAGUCCAGCGGCCAGGAAAAGAUCCCAUAGUGCAAUAACCUCACCGGAUAGAGAGGGCAGACCAUCACCUCCCAAACGUACCUCAUCUCUGACGGAACCAUUGUCACAGUUUGCUGAACCACCAGACCUGACAAAACGGGACAGUUUCAUGGUGUAUAGGGGCCCUGAUAACCUGAGAAGUUCCUCAGAAUCUGACAGUACCUCUAUGAUCAGUACAAGUGAUGAUUCCAUAUCAGAGACAUCAAGCGGAACCUCCAGCAGCAAUAGUCGAUCAGAGUUAAAUUCAAACGGAAUGCCAAAGCUUUCUGAAGACGGUACAGAGAGCGAGUACUCCGGGUCCCUGGGCUCCAAUGGCACUACAAGGAAAAAAGUUACUGAUGCAAGGCUAUGCAUGCCGAUUGGUAUCCCAAGUUUUCCUGCAUGUAAUCCUCCUACAGCUUCUCGCAACGUACAGACAAAUAAUGCUUCUACUAGUGCUCUGCAUGCUUUGCUUAUUGAAGAUGCAAACGUUCAUGAGCUCUGCCUGUCGGAUGGGUUGGAUGAUAGUGCUAAUGCUCAAGUUGAUAAGUUAAAUGGCAGUAGGUCUCUGUGUGAUUCAAAAAUGAAGAAAUGUAAAAGUCGUGGUUUUGACAUUGUGAAAAGAAAGGAAACAAAUCAGACAAAAAGUAAACAUUUUGUAUCAAAACAAAAUGAGAAGCAAACUUGUGGCAGCAGAGUAGCUACCCGUAGUUUGGCUAAGAAAUUAGUCGUUGGUGAACUAACACGGCUUCACCAGACAGAUGCUCCUGUCAACAAACAUCCGUCCAAAUCUGUCAGGCACUUGAGAUCUUGUGACUCAGUUGGACGAGCCAAGUGUUGUAUAGAGCCUAAAGCCUCUUGUGCUGCUGGCUGUUCAGGAAAGCUGAUCCACAAGGAUGAUAUUAAAGGUCCAGGGAAGCGUAUCACUGGCUUAAAGAAACAGAUAGUAGCACGAGCUCACCGCAGUACGAGUGUGGACUCCGAUGAAUUGAUUCCUUUAGAACCAUUAGACCUUGUUUGGGCCAAAUGUAGAGGCUACCCAUGGUAUCCAGCACUGAUCAUCAAUCCAAAAAUGCCAAAGACCGGGUAUUUUCACAAUGGUGUUCCUAUCCCUGUUCCUCCUGAGGAUGUUCUGCUCCUUCAGCGUAAAUACGACGAGCCAGUCUAUCUCAUUCUCUUCUUUGACACCAAGCGCACAUGGCAGUGGCUUCCGCGCAACAAGCUGGAACCUCUAGGGGUGGACUCCGGCCUUGACAAAGCCAAGCUGCUUGAAAACAGGAAACCCAAUGUGCGCAAGGCUGUUCAGAAGGCAUAUGAGAAGGCCAUCCUACAUCGGUGCAGUGUGACAGGCGAACCAAAUCCACUUUCGGGAGACUCGGACAAUGAGGAAAUUGCAGAGCUUGCUGAAUAGUGCAAACACCAGCUGUCAGAAUUUGUUAUAUUUUUAUAUCCAUUUUAAACAAUUGGAAAGUUAAGUCUUUAUAUUGAUCCAUUGCUGGAAAUACAGUCGAAUGGAAGACUGAUUGGGGAAAAAACCUGAGAUUUUCUUGAUAAAAAUGAAUUCAUGUACUGUGCUAUAAGUUUGGUGUAAUAUAGAAUUCCCCUCUGUGUGUGAUUUGUGGUAAUGAAAUGGCUGUUAGAUGUUUUAGAAGUGUUGGAUGUAAAGUUUAGGAUGAUGUUUAGAUGUUAAUUUUGUGGCAGUAUCAAAUGUGAGGUUUAUGGUGAUGAAAGUGUGUAGUAUGUAAUGUUAUGAGGAGGAGAGUUUGAUGUAAGGUUGUCUCUUUGUUAUCUAAUUAAGGCCAUAUAUCUGGUUGGUUGAAACAAACAUUGUAAUAUAAAUACCUAUACAUUGAUUUUGUAUUGAAAUUAAGUAAAUUCCCGGAAUGCAACAAAAGUUAAGUAAUGACAGUUUUAAGAUGUUUCUGUUGUAUAUGUAUCUGUGUUUCGGGCAGAAUUGUAUCAGAUCUGCUGUGAUAAUAGAUUGCUUAUUGUCAGGUCAGGUGCAUUAACUGCAUUCUGUUAGAUAUUCCCCAAUACAAACAUGAUAGAGCACAAAUGUUGACCCAGUCCGUCCGUUUGUGAUACUUGGUAAACCUUUGCAGUUCAACCAUCAGAACACUUUACCCUAUAUGUGUCAUGUAUGUCUCACAAACACUACUAUUGGGGAGGGUACUGAUGAAGUGUAGUAAAUUAUUGAAGGUUGAUGGAGUGUCUGUUAAAUACAAUUCCCUUCAGGGCAUACUGGAAUUUGAUCUGAUUUAAAUUGUAAUAUUUGUGUUGUAAGCGAUUGAGAGUGGUCAGAAGAGUUCGCUCAGGAAAUGAUUUUUAAACAAGUACAUAUGUAAUUCCAUAGUUUCUGCUGUUAAUUUAUAAUGAUGUACUAUACUCUAUAUGGGCUAAAAUAUUGGUAAAUUAUAGAACUCUCAGCUUGUGAUAUUAAAAUUUUCUUUCAACUACUUGUAUAUUUGUAAUGUAUAAUAGUUGAAAAACAUAUAGAUACAGUGGAACUUCGUUAACUCGAACUCGGAAAACUCGAAUACCCCGCUAAGCUCGAAGUACUUUGUCAGUCCCUGCCGAAUUCUCUCUUAUCUUAGUAAAGAAAUCUUGGAAAACUCGAACUCGAAAAACUCCUAUAAUACGAAGUGAAAAUUUUGUCCCAACAAUAAAAAUCCUACUUGAAAUGAUCGAAUAACUCAGAGUAUCAUUUUUGUGUCCAACAACGAUUGGUGGUAAACGCCGACAUUUUUUAACGGCGAAAUUCCGUUUGUAAUACUGAAGAUUUCGGCACUACAAACCUACCGAUUAUUACAUGCUAUUAUAAGUGUUUCAUAAAUUCAUUAAAGAAAUUGUCAGUGGAAUCUUAUAACAACAACUCUUGGUGAUAAAAAGUACUGCUUUACUUACAUCAGGUAAUUUCCUAAGGCGGUGGCCGAUAAUAGUACACACGAUAGUCAACAACUCAUCUACUCGCUCGCUCAAGCGGAACUAAUCUCUUGACACCGGUACUCGACUUAUGUUUUUACAGGCGUAGAAAUUAAACAGUCACCGGUGCCUAUUAAAUCUUUAAACAGCUGAAACGAUAGCGUAAUUAUUGCCGAGGUGUUCAGAUCACGACUGUAACGGUCAGCGCUGUCUGUUAAAUCAGAUAACAUGCAAACUCAGCAACAGUAACAGUUUAUACGCACAUACGCAGCCCAACUUCCUGUGCUAAUACACAUAGAAAUGGCAUGGUUAUCGGUAAAACGUAAGUAGGCCUAUCAAACAGUAUUUUAUUGUCAAAUAUAAGGUAAUGGUUCUGUUACAUUUUACAUAUAAUCUGUGUUAAAUUUAAACGGUUAUUUGAUAUGACAUUAAUAAAUUGUUAUUCUGUCCUAGUGUUGAAUUCCGUUUUAUCGUUAUUCCUUUUGCAAACUUUACAUCAGAUCGUUAUUGAAGUGACUAAGUGAAAGAAACUUUAUGAUGACUGUAUAUCGGCAAAACUACACAAAACUACAAGUAACAAAACAAAAUAUUACAUAAACAUGUACAUGUAUUGACCAGUCUUUACACUAAACUGAUGAGCGACCGAGUGGAGUUAUAAUGAUGAUAUAAUGUUGACAAAUAUUGACCAAACUUUUUACCAUAAAUAACAGCUCGCUUAAUUCGAACACUCGGAUAACUCGAAGUUUCUUGUGGUCCUGUCGAGUUCAAGUUAACGAAGUUCCACUGUAUAAUGAUAAUGUAGCCCCAAUGUUAACUUUAUAGUGUUGUUAUUAAAACAUGAUCAAAACAGUUAAAGGGUAUAUGUAUAUAGUACAAUAGCAGCACAAUGAUAUGUCAUUUACCUUGUUUAAUUGCCCAAAUAUUUUGCAAUACACAGAUAACAACAUGGGAUUAAAUUUGCAUUUGAAAUGAUUUUUUUGUAUGUCUCCUGAUUGAGAAUUGUUAUGUCUGCAGAUUAAGAAUUGUUGAAUGUGUUCUGGUGUCUUGAAUUAUUCACAAUAUCACAUUAUUUUUCUAUUCAAUAACUACUUUUGUUAUAAAUUAACAUCAAAAGUAGAAAACCUAGGUUUAAUGUUGAUGAAUUAAAAGUUUUAUAUUGAUAUUUUGAUAAUUUCAAUUCUGUCAUGGAGUUUGAAUAAUAAUUUCUAAAAUAUCUUAUUUUGUUUCCCAAUGAUAUAUAUAUGUCUUACAAAUGAAAUAUUACAAGAUUAUACUGAGUCACUAUUAUUGAGCCGUGUGUGUCUCUGAGGGUAUAGGAACUUGCCUGUAUUGUAUCUAGUCUUGUUGAAGGUGAACUCUUGCAGUGUCCCAUUGUGUCCUUUUGUUUAUGUCCUCAUUUAUUCAGUUGGUGGUUGUUUUAAAUGUUUGUUAUAUUGUAAACAAAUACUUUAUGAAGUUUCAUCUGUUGUGUUCAUAGUUCUAUUAAACCAUCAUCUGUUUACUUGUUAGAAAAAGUAAUAUAUAAAUAUUGAUGUACAAUAGCUAUUAAAAAUGAGGCGAGAGUCAAGUGUCAUAUAAACUCAUCUGUAUAUAUGGACCAUUUAUUAAUCAUUGUGAACCAAGUAAUCCAGUUUUAUUUCCAAAAAUAUGAUUCCUAGGUUUAAUUGAGCCCUAUGUACAACUGUUUAACAUACUCUGUAUAACUACAGUUUGUAAACAUCAUCACAUUUUAUUUGUACAUAAAAAGUCUUGUAUCAAAUAUUGAGAAAUGUAAUAAAUACUGUAUUAUUAUUAUUA